UAUCUGGCUCCUGCUCUGCUGGCCAGCAGCGCCUCUGGGCCCGGCAACUUGUUACGGCUUCUCGGGUCGAGACUUGCGUCGCCUCGCGUCGCCUCGCCUCACCUCGCCUCACCUGGACCGAGGUGAUGGGGGACUCUAAGGAGGCCGGGACCGAGGCUCCGCCGGCCGGGGCCGCUGCUCGGGGAGGGCUCAGCCUCUUGUCCCAAGGAGAGUCCGAGGAACCUUCUGCACAGAUCAUUCGUAUCAAAAGCAGUCCUGGCUUCGUAGUCGAAGAUAACCGACAGGGAUCAGCUUUAUUUCUUGGAGGCAAUGAAGUGAAGAGCCGAGCUGUGGUGAAAUACUCUUCUGCCCCUCCUCGGACAGCAUUUGCACGCCUCCAAGAGAAAACAGACUUGAAACUCCCACCUGCCAACUGGUUACGAGAGAGUGCCAAACUAGGACCAGCAGGAACUACCAUUCUUGGCAACAGUAGGAAAAGCAAGCCAUUUUCAAGCUUUGGGAUGGCAUACGACUUUAUUGAUUCAGUGGGAAAUGAUGUGGAUGUUGUCUCUGACUCUGAAAACAUAAAAAAGCUUCUGAAGAUUCCCUACAGCAAAUCACACGUGAGCAUGGCAGUGCACCGCAUAGGAAGGACUCUCUUAUUAGACGAGUUAGAUAUUCAGGAACUCUUUAUGAGAUCAUCUCAGACUGGUGAUUGGACGUGGUUAAAAGAGUUUUAUCAAAGACUUAUUGAUCAGAAGUGGCAGAGGAAGAAAAAAAGCAAAGAACACUGGUAUCAGAAGGCUAUUCUUUCGAAGUUUUUAUAUUACAGUAUCAAUGGUGAUGGAGCUGCUCAGCCUGUCCCAUCUACUGCAAAACAGCAGAAAUCGUCCAGCGCAGAUCAGACAAACGAUUCGGAUGGGGCUUCUUGGCCUGCCCCCUUUGAAAUGCCUUCUUCAGUCUCUGAAGACCCCAGUGCUUCCAGUCAGGGAGGUGAGCCUCUUGAACCCUCAUACAUAGUGGGGCAUGUGGCCUCAGCACCUAAAGAACAAAACCUGACUACUUUAUUCAAUGACGGGGAGAACAGUCAGGGUCUUAAAAAUGAUUUUGCUCGGAAUAUUUUAUGGACGUUUGAAGACAUACAUAUGCUGGUUGGCUCCAACAUGCCUAUAUUUGGAGGAGGCAGAUACCCAGCAGUCAGCCUGCGCCUCAGGGAUAACAACAAACCAAUUAAUGUGCUAACUGGAAUCGACUAUUGGUUGGACAACUUGAUAUGCAAUGUACCAGAGCUUGUCAUGUGUUUUCAUGUAAAUGGAAUUGUACAGAAGUAUGAAAUGAUAAAGACAGAAGAGAUUCCCAAUUUGGAAAACUCUAAUUUUUCUACUAAAGUCAUAAAAGAUAUUGCACAGAAUAUUUUAUCAUUUUUGAAAUCUAAUUGUACCAAAGAAGGACAUACCUAUUGGCUAUUUAAAGCAAGUGGCAGUGAUAUAGUGAAGCUCUAUGAUCUCACUACUCUUUGUGAAGAAACUGAAGACAAAUACCAAAAUCCAUUCACAAUGCCAGUGGCUAUUCUCUUAUAUAAGGUUGCUUGCAACAUGAUGAUGAAGAAGAAUCAAAAUAAGAAACACUAUGGGACUGUUAGAACCCUGCUUCUGAAUUGUGUUAAAUUGCUGGACAAAGGCAGGCAUCCUCAAAUUAUUGCUUCAGCCAAUUACAUGCUUUCAGAACUCUUCCAAUUGGAUGAACCUAAAAAAGAAAGUUCAGAAUCUCCAUUAAAUGAGAAUUCUGAUGAAAGUUAUAGUGAAGAGGAGGAGGAGAUGCCAGACAGCGAUGAAAACGUAUCCUACAGCACCUGUUCUGAUCCAUCAGAUGAUAACAAAGCAGUAGCUAUAAUUAAGUCUGUUGGAGAAUUGUCAGUUCCAGAAAAAUACAAAUCCAUUCAUCAAAUCAGACCCAGUUGUGCAUUUCCAGUUUGCCAUGACACAGAAGAGCGCUGUAGACUUGUGCUUACCUACGUUCUGGAGGGUUUAAAAUCUGUGGACAGCAGCAUCAAAAAAGAAAGUGACCUCCCUGCCGCUGACCCCAACACCCCAAUCCCACUAAAAUAUGAAGAUGAAUCCACAAGGGGGGGUCCUGAGGGUCUGGAGAAGCAGAUGGCCUUGUUUUUGGACAAAAUGGGCUCCCUUCAGAAGGGUAAUUAUUCCAGUCAGUCUGGAAUGAUCCCUGGUUCUUGGCAACAUAAAAUGAAACUCCAGCUGAUUCUCAAGUCAUCAAAGGCCUAUUAUGUUUUGUCUGAUGCUGCCAUGAGUCUUCAGAAAUAUGGAAGAGCGUUACGAUACAUUAAAUUAGCUUUGCAGAGCCAUGAUACUUAUUGCUGCCUCUGCACCAAUAUGCUUUCUGAAGUGCUGCUAUUUCUUUCUCAAUAUUUAACACUCUGUGGUGAUAUCCAACUAAUGCUGGCCCAGAAUGCAAAUAAUAGAGCGGCACACCUUGAAGAGUUUAAUUACCAAACAAAAGAAGACCAGGAAAUAUUACACAGCCUCCACAGGGAGUCCAGUUGUCAAGGAUUUGCAUGGGCAACUGAUUUGUCUACAGACUUAGAAAGUCAACUUUCAGUUAGUUGUAAAUGUUAUGAGGCUGCUAAUGAAAUCUUGCAGUUUAGUGACUUAAAAAGUCAAAAUCCAGAACAGUAUAUACAAGUAUUGAAGAGAAUGGGUAACAUUAGAAAUGAAAUCGGUGUCUUUUACAUGAAUCAGGCUGCCGCAUUACAGAGUGAGAGAGUAGUGAGCAAAACUGUGUCUACUGCAGAGCAGCAGUUGUGGAAAAAAAGCUUUUCUUGUUUUGAAAAGGGAAUUCACAGCUUUGAGUCAAUUGACGAUGUCACAAAUGCUGCCCUUUUAUUAUGUAACACGGGACGACUCAUGCGAAUUUGUGCACAGGCUCACUGUGGUGCAGGUGAUGAAUUUAAACGUGAAUUUUCUCCAGAAGAAGGCUUGUAUUACAAUAAGGCUGUUGAUUACUACUUGAAAGCUCUAAGAUCCUUGGGAACACGAGACACACACUCAGCUGUUUGGGACUCAGUGAAUUGGGAAUUGUCCACUACUUAUUUUACUAUGGCAACUCUACAGCAAGAUUAUGCUCCGUUAUCUAGAAAAGCUCAAGAGCAGAUUGAAAAAGAAGUCAGUGAGGCUAUGAUGAAGUCCCUGAAAUACUGUGACGUGGACUUGGUGUCUGCUCGACAGCCUCUUUGUCAGUACCGAGCUGCAACCAUCCAUCACAGGCUGGCGUCCAUGUACCACAGUUGUCUGAGGAAUCAGGUUGGUGAUGAAUAUCUUAGGAAGCAGCACCGGGUGCUAGCAGAUCUUCAUUACAGCAAAGCUGUAAAGCUUUUUCAGCUUCUGAAAGAUGCUCCAUGUGAACUACUUAGAGUACAGUUAGAAAGAGUAGCAUUUGCAGAAUUUCAGAUGACCAGUCAGAAUAGCAAUAUUGGAAAAUUAAAAACACUUUCUGGGGCUCUUGAUAUAAUGGUGAGAACUAAGCAUGCAUUCCAGCUCAUCAGAAAGGAGCUUGUAGAGGAAUUUGACCAGCCUAAGAGUGAAGAGACCCCUCCAGCUGCUGAUUCUUCUCCUAGUCUCAAUCGAGAAGAAGUGAUAAAACUCCUGGGUAUAUUUGAAUCUCGCUUGUCAUUCCUUCUUCUUCAGUCCAUCAAACUGCUGUCGUCAACUAAAAAGAAAACAAGUAGUAACCUUGAAGAAGAUGUAGUCCUCAAAACCAACAAGCAGAUUUACUCCCAGCUUCUAAGAGCUACUGCGAACAAAAACGCAUCUCUCCUGGAAAGAACUGAUGUUCUCGUCCAUUUGCUGGACCAGCUGGCUCGUGGCAGCGGCGGAGACGGUGGUGCUCUUCAGUGACUCCCGCCUGGGGCUGCAUCCGCAGAGAUGCUGUCAGUGCCUUCUGCACUCGGGGGCUAUGUGUCCAUUUGGUGCUUCGUUUCAUUAAACAUGAGGGAAAUAUCCACUUAAAACAGGCACGGCAUGGAAAGAGUUCUCAUUUCCCGUGGCAAACAGUCAUGGUUGAGUUCUUUGGCUUCCUCAUUGGAGGUGCCAACAUCAGAAUCAGACCUAGAGCUCCCACCUUCGUUUCUCUGAGAAGCAUGUGGUACCUCAGUAUUAAUAGACUUGCUGUGAGGCAGUUAACACUUUUAAAUAUUUUUGAAGUAUGUUAAGCUACAUGGGUUUAAGAGAUAAUUAUCUUGGAUAAAUGUUACUUUGGUCAAGGGAACUUUUAUCCAAAUGAUUUUAGUGGUUCAGGUCAGUUAAAGAAACUUCCUGUACAUCCACAGUGUUCCCUUCUCAAUUGCACAGAAAAAGCCUGCCCUUUUUAAGCUUCAGUACAGGAUUUUUCGAAGACUAGCCAUUGCACAGUUCUCUCUUCAGUGCAUGUUCUGAACGGAUCUGCUUUUCUCUGACUUUGUAUGACAGUUGAUCAAGAAUUGGUACUCUCCCCCCCUUUUUUUUCAUUUUAAACUUGAAACUGUGAAUAAGGUAAGAAAACUAUUUUGAAUAAAUAAAUUAUUUAUUUAAAAUGUCUUUGUAGUUUUCCAUUUCACAUUCUUCACAUUGAGUUUUGAUGUGAACUGGUUUAAUUAAUAAAUUUUACAAAGUGAAGAUUAAAACAUCAUUAAAAAUAAAAUUCUGCCAUCCACUAAAUUCUCACUAGAAUAUUAUACUUACUACUUGCUGCUAUAUGGCUCUUGUCCAGUUGCUUAAAACAUACUCUCUUUUUCCAGUGCCUACAGCAUGCAAGGCUGUCUGUACUUGUCACAGUUAAUUGAUCUCAGUUUCAAAAGAUACCGUAACCUACAGAUCCAGCAUCCUCUGUCCUGUUGGGUUGAUGGUUUGGAUUUACGUGCAUGAUGCCUCUGUAGACAAGAGCUUGCCCCGCCACCAAGUCCACUGGCCUGGCCUGAGUGUGGGAAGACAUGCUGCUGCCGACCCGCCUCGGUGCUACGUGCAGAUGAUUUUCACUGUGCAGCCCCCCUCCACUCACUAGCCACACCCUUCUGAAGAAAUAUGAACUAGACUAGAAAACUGUCUGGAAUAAACUUGUUUUAAGCUGAA